AUGUAUCAUAAUGAUUUAAUACUGGCAUCUACAUCCCAUCCUCUUGAUGUUGCUCCACAUGCUGUUAAUUUCAGUGCAUUUAGUCCAAAAGAAAUCAUUGUUCGUGCUGGUGAAGAUCUUACAAUUACUGUACCAUUUGUUGGCUCACCUGCACCACAAGUUACAUUUGCUAAAAAUGGCGAUGAAAUUAAAUCUGAUGGAAAGAAUUAA